CCUGGCCUCGCUCCUUCCUUGUGAACAAACAUCAUGAGCUUCAGCGCCCAAUCCACCUUCUCCAGCUACCGGUCCCUGGGCUCCGUGCAGUCGUCGGGCCACCGGGUCCGAUCGGUCAGCAGCGCGGCCAGCGUCUAUGCAGGCGCCGGGGGCUCGGGCUCCCGGAUCUCCGUGUCCCGCUCCACCAGCGUCCGGGGCGGCUGGGGGUCCGGGAACCUGGGCGCCGGGAUGGCUGGGGGUCUGGUGGGUGUAGGGGGCAUCCAGGGCGAGAAGGAGACCAUGCAAGACCUGAAUGACCGCCUGGCCUCCUACCUGGAGAAGGUGAGGAGCCUGGAGGCUGAUAACCGGAGACUGAAGAGCAAAAUCCGGGAACACCUGGAGAAGAAGGGACCCCAGGUCAGAGACUGGGGGCAUUACCUGAAGAUCAUCGAGGACCUGAGGGUUCAGAUUUUUGCAAAUUCUGUGGACAACGCCCGCAUCGUUCUGCAGAUUGACAAUGCCCGUCUUGCUGAUGACUUCAGAGUCAAGUAUGAGACGGAGCUGGCCAUGCGCCAGUCUGUGGAGAGUGACAUACACGGGCUCCGCAAGGUCAUCGAUGACACCAAUGUCACCCGGCUGCAGCUGGAGACUGAGAUCGAAGCUCUCAAGGAGGAGCUGCUCUUCAUGAAGAAGAACCAUGAGGAGGAAGUAAAGGGUCUACAAAACCAGAUUGCCAACUCUGGGCUGACUGUGGAGUUAGAUGCCCCCAAACCUCAGGACCUCAGCAAGAUCAUGGCAGACAUCCGGGCCCAGUAUGACGAGCUGGCUCAGAAGAACCGAGAGGAACUGGACAAGUACUGGUCCCAGCAGAUUGAGGAGAGCACCACAGUGGUCACCUCGCAGACUGCCGAGAUAGGAGCUGCUGAGAUGACCCUCACAGAGCUGAGGCGCACCGUCCAGUCCCUGGAGAUCGACCUGGACUCCAUGAGAAACAUGAAGGCCAGCUUGGAGAACAGCCUGAGGGAAGUGGAGACCCGCUACGCCAUGCAGAUGGAGCAGCUCAACGGAGUCCUCCUGCACCUGGAGUCAGAGCUGGCCCAGACCCGGGCAGAGGGGCAACGCCAGACCCAGGAGUACGAGGCCCUGCUGAAUGUCAAGGUCAAGCUGGAGGCUGAGAUCAAUACCUACCGCCGCCUGCUGGAAGAUGGGGAGGAUUUCAGCCUUGGCGAUGCUCUGGACAGCAGCAACUCCAAGCAAACCAUCCAUAAGACCACCACCCUCCGGCUCGUGUAUGGCAAAGUGGUGUCUGAGACCUCAGACACCAAAGUUCUGAGGCACUGAGGCAGCAGAAGCAGGAUCCCCUGGGGAGCAGGGAGUCAAUAAAAGUUGAGACGUUAUUGCAUAAAAAAAAAAAAAAAGUAAAUCAACCAAUAAGCUAUUAAUGUAGAAAUUAUGCAUUCCUAAUUCCGUUCUGUAGGUGAAUGAAUCCUGUUAUUGCACCAAUAAAAUGUAAAAAUUCCUACAGCAAGCAGAAACUUGAUAGUAGCUGUAACAUUUGUGGAGUUUUUCAGACUUUGCACACUGAAGCAAAUUUGUAGUACUUCUCUGUACAUCGAGGAAUCAUUCCUACAUAAAUGUAGAGGUAGGAGAGUCAUAUACAUAGAGCGUAGUCACAUAAGAGUAGUCAUAUACAUAGAGCCUUGCGUUUUAUAAGGAUUUUUUAAAAAAUUUUAAUGUUAUUUAUUUACUUUUUGGCUGCACUGUGUGGCAUACAGGAUCUUACUUCCUCAACCAAGGAUCGAAUCCAAGCCCCUUGCAGUGGAAGCAUGGGAUUUUAACAACUGGACCACUAGGGAAGUCCUGAGCAUUGAGUUUUAGUGUAAGAACACAGUACAUAAAAAUCUUGGAGACUACCGAGUAGAUUUUAAGGUUGAAAAGUAUGAUGGGAAAACUUGACUAGUGGUUCUGUGCUCUGACCUAAAAACUUAAUUGCCUGAAGCAGUAAUUUAUUGCAAGAGACUCAUAUAUAUAUCAAAGAAAAUAGGGGUUUCAUAAAACCACAUAGUUGUCAAAAAAAGAAUUUCAUAAAUUUUAUUUUGAAGGAUAGAGCUACAGUUUUCAUAUACCUUCUUUUAAGACACAUGUUCUACUGUGAACCAUGGAUGAAAACUUUUCUUGCUCGUUUUAUUUCAGAUGUUGUACAGUGUUUCUACUGACAGUGAGUGGAAAUAAUUUUUGUAAACUAUCUUCAUGUUCAUUCAUUUAUCAAAUAUAGUAAUACCAUAUUUCAUUGGUUUCACAACUCAUCAUUUUCCAUAUUUUAAAAUCUCUGAAAUCAGGCUGCAUUGUACAAUCGUGGCUUGUGAGACUGGUAGCAUUUUUCCUUUUUUAGUGAUCCAUGAAAUUAUGCAUCUUACAUUGAUUGUGAAUCAGUGAAGCAAGGAUAUAAUGCUAUAAGAAACACACUGAAAUCUAAACAUGAAGGCAUUGGUGGUGGAGGCUUUGCAUGGCCUCACUCAUUCUUUGUAUAUCUAGUGUGGGUCAGUAGCAGAAGAGCCGUGAUCAGUGAAGUCAUAUAGUUUCAGGCUCUUGGAGAAUUUCGAUCUAAAUGUAGGCUUUCUGAUAUGGUUCCUACACACAAUGGAAUAUUAUUUAGCCAUGAGACAGGAUAGGAUUUAGCCUAUCAUCUGUGACAACAGGGAUGGACCUUGAGCACCUUGUGCUAAGUGAAAUAAGUGUAGAUAAAGACAAGUACUGAACAUUAUCACUUAUACGUGGAAUCUAAAA